AAUGACCCCCCGAGGUACCAGACGCCUUCAUCCAGAGAACUGUCUCCACGAUGCCAGGCAAGCCCGCGCCCAUUAACAAGUCCCCCAACAAGAAGGCGGCCGAGAAGGCACCGGAGCCCGAUCCGCCAGCCGCAGAAGCCGAGCUCCCUUCGGCGGAGACACCUGCCGAGGCCGUCCCCGUGGUCGAGGGAGAAGCAUCAACCGCCUCGACGGAACAAAGCGCUCCAGCUGCUGAAGUCGCUCCUGAAGGUGACGUCACAGUCCCUGCUACAGAUGCAUCUCCAAAUGCAGGAGCUGCACCGCCAGUUGAGGAGCCACCCAAGGCCCCAACACCCCCACCUCCUUCAGCAGUUCCAACCAGUGCUCCAGUGGAAAUAUCUGUGGAGGACGUGAACGAGAUGAGCCUCACCGUCAAAUGGAAGACGCCAGACACUAUCGGAGAAUCUGGCCUGGAUGGAUACACUAUUGAGUACUGCAAAGAUGGAACUACGGACUGGGUGGUAGCAAACAAGGAGUUGACCCCGGCUACCCGCUACUGCAUCAAGGAUCUGACAACAGGUGACCUGCUGCUGGUGCGCGUGGUGGCCAUAAACGCCGGUGGCCGCAGUCAGCCAGCCACGCUCACCUAUGCGGUGCCAAUUCGAGAGGUGAUCGACCGUCCAAAGAUCAAAAUUCCUCGCAAUCUCCGCACAUGCUUUGCCAAGCAAGUUGGAGAGCAAAUCAACCUGGUCAUCCCGUUCCUUGGCAAGCCCAAACCUUUGGUGUCCUGGCUGAAAGACGGUCAGCCUUUGGAUCCAAAGAGGGUCAACAUCAGGAAUAGUGACAAGGACAGCAUCCUAUUUAUCCGCAACGCUCAGAGGGAAGACUCGGGUGUUUAUGAGAUGACUGUUAAGGUGGACUCCUUUGAAGACAAAGCCACCAUCACCCUUCAGAUUGUUGAGCUGCCCGGUCCACCCACCAGUACAAAACUGUUGGACUGUUGGGGCUUCAAUGCCGCGCUGGAAUGGACUCCACCCAAAGAUAAUGGCAACACAGAGAUCACUGGGUACAUUGUCCAGAAGGCUGACACAAAGACUGGGGAAUGGUUCACCGUGUUGGAACACUACCACAGGCUAACCGCCACCAUUUCAGACCUCAUCAUGGGAAACUCAUAUGCCUUCAGAGUGUUUUCUGUCAACAAAGUAGGCAUCAGUGAGAAGAGCGCUGUCACCAAAGACGUGGCCACCAUCCAGAAGACAGGCAUCAUCUACAAGCCUCCUGAAUACCAGGAACAUGACUUCAGCGAGGCGCCCAAAUUCACCACGCCGCUCAGCAACAGGGCUGCUACUGUUGGAUACACCACCAAGCUGCUGUGCUCUGUUCGUGGAAGUCCCAAGCCUAAGAUCGAAUGGCUGAAAAACCAGAUGGUGAUCGGUGACGACCCCAAGUUUCGUCAGCUCUCCAACCAGGGCAUUUGCUCCUUGGAAAUCCGCAAGCCGUGCUGCUUUGAUGGCGGCGUGUACACGUGCAGAGCUAAGAAUGAUCAAGGAGAGGCCACUGUCUCCUGCAAACUAGAGGUCAAACAGGUGAUUCUUUUGGAGACUGACAAGGAAAAGAGCAAAUAAAGCAUUACAUCAACCCUUAUAGGUAAGAAUAGGUUUCUGGGCAAGGGGAGAGGAAAAGAUGGUGGUGCAGCAUUUGUGUACAUAUUGAAGCAAUGGUCCUCAACCCACUUCAUUACAUCCAGCCACUCCAACAAUGCCGCUUUGCUAAAUGCUGAAUGAUAAUCCGGUUUGUCACGUGUCAGGCUGAAUGUCGAAUGAUUUUUUCUGAAAUUUGUAGUUUGUUAUACUGUAGUACCGUAUACCACUCAAUAAAAUGGUUUGGAUUUUGCAAAGAGCAAAUGAUGUGAAAUAAAUAUUUUAUAUUUGA